AUGUCCGCGGCAGGGGCGCCGCACACCCAGGACCCUGAAGAGGCUGGGACAUGCCCCGAGGAUGUCCCCUCCCUCAAGGAAAUCGAGCAGCUGCUGAGCACUGGGCGGCCCUCUUGCAAUCACGUUGAUGAAGUUUGGCCUAAUCUCUUCUUAGGGGACCUAGUAACAGCACACAAUAGAUUUGUUUUGUGGAAGAUGGGUGUGACCCAUGUUUUAAAUGCUGCUCAUGGCACAGCAUACAGCCACGGAGGCCAGGACUUUUAUGGAGCAACCAUUGAUUAUUAUGGUGUACCAGCCCAUGACCUGCCAAGCUUUGAUAUCAGCCAGUUCUUUUUCUCUGCUGCACAGUUUAUCCACAAUGCCCUGAACACGCCAGGAGCCAAAAUAUUGGUACAUUGUGCAGUUGGAGUAAGCAGAUCAGCUUCUCUAGUCCUAGCAUAUCUCAUGAUAAAUCACCACCUCCCAUUAGUUGAAGCCAUCAAGACAGUGAAGGAGCAUCGAUGGAUUUCACCCAAUCGUGGUUUUCUGAAGCACCUGCGAAACCUGGAUGUCCAGCUACGGCAAAGGAAGGACUGCUGAACAGGCAACCCUAUCUACAUUCACUUGACUGAGUUUCACCCUUCAGAGCCAUUGUGCAUAUACAGCUUCCCAUGAUCAGUGCACAUUACAAAAAUGAAGAAAAUGAUGCAUCGAAAUAAAAUGUCAACAGGAUGGUAAAUGGACUAGUUCUGAUAGCUCAGCCCCUCCAAAAGC